AGUCAUGUUCCUCUCUACUACUGUAUAUAGCUACUAUUUGAGAGACAGCAUCAGGAAAAGAACACGUGUGUUGUCUAAUUUAUCUGAUAGCUACCGACUAGUAGCGACAUUUUAUAUUUUCAGUUACAUUACGAUCCCUAAGGCUAUAUAACGUAUACACAGCACGAAAAGUAUCAGAUAUUUUCAUAGCGGGUCGUGUGUGGAAUUCUAUGAUUUCUUUUGAACAAAUGGAAAGACAAGAAUUUCGUUAUCGUUUCGCCUAUCGCUUGAGAACGACACUUUUCAAUCAUCUCCGUCUCGUCAAAAUCACUAGUUUAAUUUUGAUGGUUUUUAUGAUUAGUGAAAUUUACUUCUACCCAAUAGCCAAACUAUUUAGGCCUAUGGGAGAACACAUGUUUUUUUUAACCACUGAAUCAAGAUAUUUAUUAAACUUUACCCCUAUUGCAAGUUUAGAAGAUGAUGUAACAAGGGCAACACAGCCCAUGACUCAGUCACUAUAUAUAUUGACGACAACACAACCCAGCAGCAGCACGAAUAAACAGUCACUGAAGAUGGACAGUAGCUACGAACGUUAUAAACUGGUAGAGAAAUAUGAAAAGGAUAUUUUGCUGGACGUUAACCCGCCGUUCAAACGAAUUCUAUUCUGGAAUGACUUUUGGGGAAUUCCUGAUUUUCGCCUGGGAGUCGGCCGUGAUGCAUUUAGCAAAUGGGGAUGUCCAGUUUGGCAGUGCGAAACUUCGACGAAUCGCAGCGAUGUCCAGAACUACGACGCUGUGAUCUUUCAUAUGCGAGGAAGUUGGAAACCAAAUGACUUGCCCCAAAACCGGUCUCUUCAUCAGCGUUACGUUUUUUGGCUUUUGGAAUCGGCGGAUUGGACUGAAGCCUUGGACACGAAGCCGUUAGGACAUUUUUUCAACUGGACCUUGACGUACCGAUGGGACUCCGACAUGGUUAUGCCUUAUGGUUACGUAAGACCGACAGGAAACGUUCCUCUUCAUCUAAGUGACGACCAAAUGAAGGGAUUACUAUCCAAUCAAAAAGUCAAUUAUGCAAUCGGAAAGACGAAAAUGGCCGCCUGGAUGGUUUCAAACUGUGCUGGUUCGCAUAGCAGUAGAAAUGAGAUGGUCAAUAUAAUUAAAAAGUAUAUCCAAGUUGAUGUGUACGGUGCCUGUGGAACUAUGUCAUGUCCAAAGGAGGUGGGCGUAGAUAAUUCGAGUGAAGACUGUCGUGAUAUGGUUGGCAAAACCUACAAAUUUUACAUGGCCCUCGAAAAUUCGUUAUGUCGCGAUUACAUCAGCGAAAAGUUUUUCGGCAUGCUUCAUCGUCCGAUAAUCCCGAUCGUCUACGGACUUCACGAUCACUACGACAAGAUUGCGCCGCCGCAUUCUUUCAUCAACGCGGCCAAAUUUGAAAAUAUGCGGAAAUUGGCCGAUUACUUGAUUCUCCUGGACAAAAACGACACGCUGUACAACGAAUACUUUUGGUGGAAGCCCCACUUUGAAUCCCGAUACAAGCAGAAAGAUGUUAACAUUGGCAUGUGUCACCUGUGUGCCUCUUUACACAACAAGACAAUGCCACCGAAAACCUAUCCAAACAUGACUGAUUGGUGGGACAAUCAAUCUUUCUGUAAACGUUCACCGCCAGUUUCAUAAAGUCUCUGUAGUUUAUUUGAUAUCGAAUGAGCAAAUAAAAAAGUCGAUGGCAAAGGUA